UUGCGAGAACGUGGCUGAGAGGAAGCUUACAAGAGUUCAGCAGCUGGUUGCUGGCGCAAAACCUCAUCCAGCCCCUGCAGAGUUGGAAAUGGCGUUCCCAAGGAGCCCUGCAUCCACCGUGAGCAGCUAUGUUUCUACUCCGACGCUGAGUAGCUGCCCCAGCUCCUCCAUCUCCACAGGCUGCAGCACACCUGCCACCCCAAACCCCUUUGCGGUCGCAGCAAUAAGCCCCGCCGCGAUCCGGCAUAUAGUUUCAGCCGGACAUGCCGGUGAGCACAAGCCGGCGCUAGCAGCCACAGGAACUCCUGAAUUCACACAGGGAAAGAAGCUUCAGCAGCAUCAGGAUCACACGCCGGCGCUAGCAGCCACAGGAGCUCCUGACUUCACACAGGGACAGAAGCAUCAGCAGCAUCAGGAUCUUCCGGAAUCAGCAGCGAAGUUCCCUAAGCAAGAAAACCCAGCACUAGCAACCACAGUCCACAGGAGGUACGGAAUUCAUACAGGGAAAGAAGCUUCAGCAGCAUCAGGAUCUUCUUGAAUCAGGAGCGAAGUUCCCU